AUGCCAGACAAACAUAUUCCUGUCCCAAACGGGAUGCUCCCCUUCUGGAGGACGGAGCCCCACGUCCUGGAUAACCAUCGCUCGACUGAGAAUCUCCCCGAUAAAUGUGAUAUUGUCAUUGUUGGGGCAGGGUAUGCCGGGGCUUCUAUCGCCCAUCAUAUUUUACGCCAAGUCAAACCCGGCUCGACGCCGCCCUCUAUUACGAUUUUGGAAGCCCGGCAGGCUUGCUCUGGUGCUACUGCUCGGAACGGUGGGCAUGUUAAACCUGACAUUUACAAUUUCGUCUCAACUCUCGCCACGGACUAUGGUUUUGAUGCAGCAGCUGAAGUUGCAAAUUUCGAGGCAAAACAUGUUUAUGCGAUUAAGGAGUUUGUCGAGAAGGAGAAGAUCGAUUGCAACUACACCGUGACCAAGGCGAUUGACGUGCAGUUGGACCCAAAUCACUAUAAGAAGUUGAAGAAAGGAUUCCACGAGCUCGUGGCAAAUGGAUGCGCUGCGACAAAGUUGGGCCAGUAUGUCGAUGCUGAGAAUGCAGAGGCAUUCUCUGGUGUGAAGGGUGCGCUUGGGUGUUUCUCGUAUGACUCGGGGCAUAUCUGGGCCUAUAAGUUUGUUUUGCACCUGCUUGAGAAAGUUGUGACCCAAGGCGUGAAUCUGCAAACACACACACCCGUGUCGAAUAUCACCAAGUCGAAUAUUUCUGCAUCGACCCACCCAUGGGUAGUUGAUACUCAGCGCGGAUUCGUUGUUGCAAGAACCGUCGUGAUGGCGACCAAUGCUUAUACCUCUGCUCUUGUUCCUCAAUACCAGGGGAAGAUUGUUCCAGUGAGGGGCACAUGCAGUCGCAUUGUAGUUCCCCCAGGUUCAUCUGCACCCCGGUUGAAGAGCACCUAUACUCUUCGCUGGGGUGGGUGGGAAUAUGACUAUCUAAUUCCCCGAGGAGACGGAUCUAUUGUGGUCGGUGGUGCUCGGAAGGCAUUUAUUCACGAUUUGAAUAGCUGGUAUAACGUGAGUGAUGACAGUUACGUGCUUGAGCCUGCUAUUCGCUAUUGGGAUGGGUACAUGCAACGCAAUUUUGCUGGAUGGGAAUAUAGUAAUGCCUAUACUGAUCGAGUAUGGACCGGGAUCAUGGGAUACUCGUCGGAUGGAUUACCCCAUAUCGGAUCAGUGCCGGGAGAGCAAAAUCAAUAUAUUCUAGCUGGGUUUACGGGACAUGGCAUGCCGCAGAUUUUCCUAGCCGCGGAAGGGCUAGCUAAGAUGAUCAUGAAAGGGGUGGCGUUUGAGGAGACGGGACUUCCUCGGCUGUUUAAAACAAGCCAGGCACGGUUGGAUGACUCGAAGAGCAAGAUAUUCGAACAGACGCCAAAUUCCGGUCGCUCGGAAGCAAAACUCUGA